AUGGCUUGUCUCCCACAGAAGAUGUCCCUUCAGAUGAUAUCAACCAUUCAUAACUCAUCUCUGAUUCAACCAGGGUUUUCUUUGCUGAACUUUGAUGGCUAUAUUUUCCUGUUUGGACAGAAAGGCUGGCCAAAGAGGUCCUGCCCCACUGGGAUUUUCCUUCUUGAUUUCAAAAAAGAAGAACUAAAACUGAAACCAUCAUACUUCUCCAAGGAUUCCUGCUACCUUCCACCUUUACGGUACCCUGCAAUUUGCAGUGCAGCACAGUCUGAGAAAUGCCAGUAUAUCAUCCAUGGAGGGAAAACACCAAACAAUGAACUUUCUGAUAAGCUCUACAUCAUAAGUUUGGUCAGCAAGAACAGCAAGAAAGUCACAUUUAGGUGUACUGAGAAAGAAUUGGUUGGGGAGGUCCCUGAGGCCAGAUAUGGCCAUACCAUCAAUGUGGUUCACAGUCAAGGUAAAAAUAUGAUUGUUAUAAUUGGGGGAAGGUCAUAUAUGGCUCAUGGACAAAGGACUACUGAAAACUGGAAUAGUGUGGUGGACUGCAUGCCAGAUAUAUUCCUGAUUGACCUUGAAUUUGGGUGCUGCACUUCAUAUACCCUACAAGAACUUCAGUGUGGAUUCUCUUUUCAUCUUUCCCUUGCUCAAAAUGAUACCAUCUACAUUAUAGGAGGUCAUUCCAUUCAAAAUAAUACCAGACCCCCUAAUCUCUAUAGGAUAAAAAUUGAUCUCCCCUUAGGAAGCCCAGCUGUCAGUUGCUGUGUCUUGCCAGGAGGAAUUUCAGUUUCCAGUGCCAUUAUGACCCAGAUCAGUGACCAAGAAUUUGUCAUUGUUGGGGGCUACCAUUCUGACAACCAGAAAAGAAUGGUUUGUAAUACAAUCAACACUGAAGAUAACAGGAUAGAGAUAGUGGAAAGGGAAGCACCAGAAUGGACCCCAGAAAUCAAACACUGCAAGAUAUGGUUUGGGAGUGACAUGGGAAAUGGAGCGAUUCUCUUUGGAAUUCCAGGAGACAACAGACAGCUAAUAUCAGAUGCAAAUUACUUCUAUGUGUUGAAAUGUCAAGGAGAAGGUGAUCAGGUCUCAGAACAGAUGACACAAGUGUGUAGUCAGAGUUCUACAGAAGAUGCAGGAGAAUCCACUCCUUUUGAAGAGUCAGAGGAGUUCACUUUCAGCUUUGAUAUUAAUGACAUUGACAUUUACAAUGAAGAUGAUGAAGAAGAUGAGUCAGAUUCAGGAUACUGGAUCACCUGCUCUGCAGGCUGUGACAUUGAUAUAAACACCUGGGUACCCUUGUACUCAACAGAGCUCAACAAGCCAGCCAUGAUCUUCUGUUCCAAUGAAGAUGGCCACUGGGUCCAUGCUCAAUGUAUGGAUCUGUCUGAGGAUACCCUUAUUCAUCUUUCACAAGUAAAUGUCAAGUACUUCUGCACUGAACAUAUCCAUUUGGCCAGGGGACUGCAAACUCCCAAGGAGACCAUUCCACUGAAAAAGAAACCCAUGAAAUCAUUGCGCAGGAAAAAACCCAUGAAAAUAUUCACCCCUGAAAAAAAGUCCUUUAUCCGGAAACUAUUUGAUUAA